UAACGUAUUAUUAUCGCCCAAUGCCCUUACGGUAGAUUCAUUCACCGACUCAUCGUUCACCGUCCGAACGUUCAUUUACUCACGAACUUGCUUUAGUCUUGCUCAUUAUUAGUCAUCACGAAUUAAUUACUGUUAUUGUCAGCCCAUACGCUGACAACUCUUGGAUAUCUGUACUUCAGACUUGACGCCAGGAAGUCCAUUUAUGAGUCCGUCGGGCACGACAACUCCGUCGUUCCUUUGUCUCGCGUCGAGUUUAUUUUAUUAAAUUUGUGAAAUUUUUCGAAACCGACAUCCAGUAUGGCAUUAACCACGUCGUUGUUGGCGGUGCCCACGAAACGUGCGUCCGAAGUGAACAUAGUGAAACCUUUGCGGAACCUGAUAUCGUCGCAUUACAACUCGGCUGACAAUCCCGAAGACUACACAGAAGCGAUCAACGAACUCAGCAAACUCCGCAGCCAGGCGCUUUGGAAGGUGUUGGACAAAUAUGACAAUUCCCUCGAAUUGAUAUACACUUAUUACGAUCAGAUGACUUCAUUAGAAUCGAAAGUGCCGUCAUCUGAAGUACAGAUUCCUUUCAAGUGGAAAGACGCAUUCAAUAAAAUGACAUCAUUCUUUGCUAAUGGAAAAGUCAGUAUAACUCUAUGUUCAUUUGCUUAUGAAAGAAUAUGUGUACUAUUUAAUAUAGCAGCUCAACAAAGUGCAAUAGCUUCUGCCCAAAAUUUGGAGACCGAUGAUGGUUUAAAAAUGGCUGCUAAACUUCUCCAACAAAGUGCUGGUAUAUUCAAUACUUUGAAAACAACAGUUAUGAAUGUAAUUCAACAAGAUCCAACUCCAGAUUUAAAUCCAGAUACAUUGGCAAUGUUAUCAUCUCUUAUGUUGGCUCAAGCUCAAGAAGUGUUUAUAGUUAAAGCGAAUAUAGAUAAAAUGAAAGAUCAGACAAUUGCUAAAUUAUGUGCACAAUGUGAAGAAUAUUAUGCGGAAACAGUGAAAAUGAUGGAGAGAGAAACAGUUAUGAUGUCUGUAGAUAAAGAAUGGACAUCAAAUGUUUAUGGAAAACAGUCAAUAUUUCAUGGGUUGGCUCAAUAUUAUCAAGCAAUGGUUUGUAAGAAUAAUAAAACUGUUGGUGAACAAAUAGCUAGGCUUAAUGUAGCUAUUUCGUUUCUUAAAGUUGGUCAAGAACGAUGCGCUCGUUCAUAUUACAAUGAGCUUCUAAAUAAAGCUAUACAAGAGUUAAAUGAAGCAAAAAAGGACAACGACUUCAUUUAUCAUGAACGAAUUCCAGAUGUCAAACAUUUAGAACUAAUAUCUAAAGUUGUAAUUGCCAAACCUACUCCUGUGCCAUCGAGGUUUUCUUCUAAAUUUAAAGAUUUAUUUGAAGAUUUAGUACCAAUAUCAGUUCAACAAGCACUUAGCGCAUAUGAUGUUCGUAAAACAGAACUUGUUAAUUCAGAAAUUGGAAAGUUGAGAGAAUCUACACAAAUACUGAAUGGAUGUUUAGCGUCAUUAAACUUGCCAGCAGCACUAGAAGAUGUUAAAGGCGUAGGAAUACCACAAUCACUAGUAGAAAAAUCAAACAGUAUACGAAUGAAUGGCGGAGUUCAAAAAUUAGAAAAUAUGAUCAGAGAAUUACCAGAGCUAUUGAAACGAAAUGAAGAAAUAAUCAAUGAGUCUGAAAGAAUGUUGAAUGAAGAACAAGCGUCUGACGAACAACUCCAAGCACAGUUCAAAGAAAAAUGGAAUCGCACUAAAUCUAAUGUUCUUACUCAAGUUUUUAAAGUAAACAUAACUAAAUAUCGCGAGAUCAUAAAGAAUGCCAAAUCUGCUGAUAAGAUGAUUCAUGAAAAGUUUGAAACACACAAGCGAGCUAUUUAUUUAUUAUCUGAAGGGCAAGAAGCCAUGCAAAAUGUAUUACCAGUUGGAUCGAGUUCUGGAGUUAAUUUUGCCAACUCCACAGCUGCUGAUAAAUUAAAACAUUUAAUGGAAGAGGUGGAAGUAUUGAAAAAUGAAAGAGAUGUCAUUGAAACGGAAUUAAAAUGUGCCACAACUGAUAUGAAAUCAAAAUUCUUAAAUGCUUUGUCUGAAGAAGGAUCUAUCCAUGAAGCUAAUUUGUCAACUGAGAGUUUAGAUCAAUCUUAUGGACAUUUAAAAGCUCAAGUUAAUGAUAGUCUUGCUAGACAAGAAAAACUUUUAUUGAAUAUACAGAUGGUGAAUUCAGAAUUUUGUAGAGAAAAGAGCAGUGGCGGCCAAAGGGAAGCCCUCUUUAAAGAUUUAGCAUCUGGUUAUGAUGUAUUUAAUGAUUUACAAAGUAAUUUAGUUGAAGGAACCAAAUUUUAUAAUGACUUGACCGAAAUUUUAAUCACUGCCCAAAACAAAAUUUCUGAUUUUUGUUUUGCUCGAAAAGCAGAAAAAGAAGAAUUACUUAAAUCAUUAACUGCAGAUUUGAGUAGAGAAAAACCAGUUUCCAUUCCAGUUGCACCAGCUAAAACCCAAAUAUAUGAAGCCCCAAUGGGUGCUCAGCUCCCUUAUCCUAUGCAACCACAGGGUAUGCCUUUGCCAUACACACUUCCAAGGACUGGGCCAUCUUACCAACCUCCUACGUACAUGUGUGCACCGCCGAUGCCAACUACAUACAAUCCUUAUGCAACACUUCGUCAUUAUCAGCCACAAGACUAUCAAAAUUACGCAGCUCAAGGUCAACCACAAUAUCCUCCUCAAUAUCCUCCACAAUACCCACCACAAAAUCAGCAACAGCCACCGUGGUAAAUGUAAAUUUGGUGUAUUGAUGGGAAAACAUAACUUAUGCUUUAUUGUGAUUGGAUAUAGUUAUCCUAGUUAGCUAAUUAUGAAUACCAUUUUUUAUUAAACAGAACAAAAUUGUUAUCAAUUCUGUUUAAAUUUUAAUAUUUUUCAUGUAUCAACAAAAUUAUUGAUAGCAUACUAUACAGGCUACAUUAUUCAUAUUGCUUUAACAAAAUUUUUAGGUUUAGCAUAUUAUUAUUAUUAUUUUAUUCAUUUAUUAUUUAUUUCAAUAUUUUUGUUUAUCUGUUUCACGGUUAAAUUAUAAUGUUUAUUAUUUUUUAAAGUUAAAUAAGAAAUGUUAUCAUAGUUUUUUUACAAUUUAUUGAUUACAUUUAAUAUUUGGACAAAAUGUUAUUAAAAUUGCAUACUCAACAAUUAUUAAAAUAAAUAAUAAUAACACAGUUCCUACAUUUGUACAUAGCCCAAGAAUGACAUGGGUGGAAAUAUAAAUAUAUAGAGGUCUUAACAAAUAAAAGUCUGACCUAUUAGGAUGACAAAUUAUAACCUAUACUGGCUAUACUCAGCGAGAGAACAUGCUGUGGCCCGACAAGUAUUGAUUUUUCUGCGCAUCCCCACGAGACUCCUUGCCAUAGGGGACCGGUUUCAAUAGCUGGGUAAUGCGCAAAAUCGACAUGUUCUCUCGCUGAACUUAAGUCUGGAAGCUGCCGUUAAAUGUCAAAAUACUAACAACACAUUUUGUUUUAUUAUAUUUUUAAUUUUCAUUAAAUUAUUAAAGAGUAUUAACUAUUAAACCCUUAUAAAUUUUAAUCAUUUAUUAAAAAAUCAAUUAUGUUAUUAUUACUUAUUAAUUAAUGUCAGAAUAUGUAUAUUCAAUUAAACAAAUUUCAAUUAAUAUAAAUUGUGUUAAUAAAUUACUUAUAUUUUUCAUAAUUAUUACUAAUGGCUAGUUGUUGCAAUAUAUUUAGUCAUUAAGAAUGUUAGAUUAGAGUCAAUACAAAAAGUUCAAAACUAUUGACAUUUUAUUUUUACUGGUGAAACUACCACAAAACAGAUAUAAUAGAAACUACCAUCAAACUUUAGUAUGGCAGCACAUCAAGUAUAUAGGUAUAUAUAAAUAAGAUGCUAAACAUUAUAGUGAAACCUAAACAUAUGCAAGUAUAAAAUGUUUAAUAUAAAUAAAUAUCCGUAUUUUCAUUUG